AUGCCUAACACAACGAACCGGAGUGUGGCCUGGGUGGCGGAUCUUAGCGGUGAAGUGCGCAUACCCUUGUACUCGGUCAUCUUCGUGCUGGCCUUACUGGGAAACAGUCUGGUGCUGGCCACGUUAUUUCAGAACAAGCGAAUGCGGACAGUGACAAACGUGUUCCUGAUGAACUUAGCUGUUUCAGACCUCCUCCUCGCACUCUUCUGUAUGCCAUUCACACUUAUUCCCGUCCUCCUCCGUAACUUUAUAUUCGGAGACAUUAUGUGCGUUCUCCUCAGGUACCUUCAAGGUGUGUCCGUGUCGGUGAACUGUUUCACGCUGGUAGCUCUAUCCCUGGAGCGGUACUACGCCAUAUGUCAGCCGCUCAAGUCCCGCCGCUGGCAAACGCUGUCACACGCUUACCGCGCUAUCCUCCUCACAUGGCUUCUGGCCUUCACCGUCACCAUCCCGAUAGCCGUGUCUAACAAAAUCGUGUUCCUCAAGACGGGAGGUAAGGCGUGCCGCGAGCUCUGGCACCCACCCUUCAUCGAGAUCAUCUACACGGUGAUCCUGGACAUGAUCCUUCUGGUCACACCCAUGAUCAUCAUGCUGACCACGUACGGACUAAUCGCUAGGCAGCUUUGGAUUGGCAUGAAGAUGGACCGGAAAUCUCAAAGAGAUGCCUGGAGAGUGGCAGCCAAUGAUGAGUACCAGAAAAUGAUGGAGACCGGUAACACCGACAUAGUCCUGUGCACGAGACAGAGCGACACCAACCGGCGAAUGACGGCAGACGAGCUGAACGUCAGUCCAACGGCCCUACGCUCUACACAUUUUGAGAAAAAUCUGGCGAACAAGAAGAAAGUAAUUAAGAUGUUGAUCGUGGUGGUUCUGGAGUACUUCACGUGCUGGGCGCCUCUCUUCAUCACGAACACGUGGAUAGCCAUCGACCACGAUGAUGCCCGGAUGAAGAUGAGUCUGAUGGCUAAAUCUCUCAUCCAUCUACUCUCUUACGUCUCUUCCUGCUGUAACCCUAUCACGUAUUGCUUCAUGAACAGAAAGUUCCGCCAGGGGUUCCUCUCAGCCUUCCGCUCGUGCGGAUUUAAAAGGACAUUUAGAAAAAAGCGUAAUAGUAACGGGACAUUCACCGCCGAGUAUUGCUCAACACGGACAUGCACAGCUGUGUCAUUUGUGAAUCAUCCUGUAAAGAGAGAAGACGGUCGGACAUCCAUGUCAUCCAUAUGAGUGGUCGUCAUCUUGCUUCUCUUUCAUCACCAUCUCUUCA